GCAGUCUUCACCGAGACUCUAACCGAUCGCCAACGAUCGCUGGAACGGACAGGUGAAUCGGACAUCCUGUGGACAGCGUGAUUUCCGUGCGGCCAGUUUCAAUCGUUUCGGCCAUGGCUACCAAGAAGCCCCUGUCGAUGCCUUAUCCAUAUUGUUUGGAGGAAAUACUGAAGAACAACGUUGAAAUUAAGAUGUCGGACAUCGAGAUGCUGAGGGAGUGGUGCGAGAAACAGCCACAUCUGCCGAAGAUCGUUGAUCUUCUACUGGUGUUGUUCCUGCAUAGCAAUUACUAUAGUAUCGAGGCAGCGAAAAAAACGGUGGAGAACUUUUAUACUUUGAGAUCACAUGUGCCAGAGUUCUUCGCGAACAGGGACCCAUUGGGGUCGAAGGAGCUUCGACAAGCUUUCAACGUGGUAGCCGCGAUUGGACUGCCACAGUUAUCGAAACAAGGUUACAAAAUACUGUUUGGGAAGCUGAUGGACCCCGACCCAUCUCAUUACUCGUUCGACGACAGCACCAAGUACUUCUUCAUGGUGUCCGACUUGGUGGCCUUGCAAGCACAAACCGUCGACGGAUACAUUUUUAUCGGGGAUGCUUCGAACGUGUCGCUGGGUCAUGUUGGCAGAAUAAGUCCGAUGGGUAUGAAGAAAUUGGUGACGUACGUUCAAGACGCGAUACCGGUUCGAUUGAAGCAGAUCCACUUUAUCAACACGCCGCCGGUAAUGGACGUCAUCAUGAACAUGGCGAAGCCGUUCAUGACUAGGGAUCUGUGGAGCUUGAUACAUUUGCAUUCGUCGUUGGACACGCUGGAGGAAUACGUGUCCCUCGAUAUACUCCCAAAUGACAUCGGCGGGAAAGCAGGACCAUUGUCCAAAUUCCACGAGGAACAAAUAAAAGAAUUAGACAACAAACGCGAUUGGUUCAUAGAAGAGGAACUCGCGUAUCGAGUGGACGAGUCCCAGCGGGUCGGCAAAAGCAAGACGGCGAACGAUUUGUUCGGCGUCGAAGGAACGUUCAAGAAGCUCGAAAUCGAUUACUUGUCCCAUCACAUUUUAAGAGCACGAUUGAGUUUGAAUGUCUACGGUCAGCCAGUACCAUUCAAGCCGCCGACUAGGCCAUCACGGGACGAAUCCUUCUUCGAUACUCCAUUGUACUCGGCUGGCGAUCCCGCAAACUUCUGCGCCUUGAAAAGCCAAGCGAUCCACAAAAAUCUCGAAAAGGAAACCAUGGCGAACACUGGAAAACUAAUAACGUACGAGGAGGAGCUGAAGAAGAAUCCAGAUUUGAAGGAGGAUGAUAUACAGAUGUUGAGGGAGUGGUUGAAAAAGCAGCCGCAUUUGCCGAAAAUCAGUGACGCCGAUCUGGCGUUGUUCUAUCACAGUAAUUAUUAUCGAAUAGAACCGACCAAGGCGACCAUCGAUAGUUAUUUCACCGUGAGGACGCACGUGCCCGAGUUUUUCUCGAAUAUGGAUCCUCUGGGCUGCAAAGAGCUGAGAAAAGCAUUUCAGACUGUAACGAUCCAGAUUCUGGACAAGAAGACUCCCGAAGGUUACGUGAUCCUCUAUGGAAGACUGAUGGACUUUGAGCCAUCGCAAUUCGUCUACAACGACACCAUGAAGUUCCUGAGCAUGGUGGUGGAUCUAUGGCUCCGUAUAGAAGGCACGCUGCCGGGUCAUAUUAUACUCUUCGACAUGAAGAACGUCGGUUUUGCUCAUGCUGCCAGACUGAAUCCCAUGGGACUGAAGAAAUAUCUCUAUUACCUGCAGGAGGCACUUCCGGUCCGCCUGAAAGGUUUCCAUUACAUGAAUAUCACGGCGGUGAUGGACGUGAUCCUGAACAUGAUGAAGCCGUUCAUGAAGAAGGAGCUGAUGGACAUGCUCCACACACACACGACCCUGGAUACGCUGGCGAAAUUCCUGCCAAUAGACGCGUUGCCGACCGAAGCAGGUGGAAAAGCAGGCCCCAUAGAGGAGCUGCACAAGAGAAGCGUGAAAGCACUUGAGGAGAAUCGGGAUUUCUUCCAGAUGGAUGAACAAACUAGACGGGUUAAUGAGGCGUUGAGGCCUGGCAAAGCAAAAUCGGCGACCGACAUUUUUGGCGUUGAAGGAAGCUUCAAGAAGCUUGACAUCGAUUGAUUUCAAUAUUGCUGUUGCACGUUCAUUUCUGGGAUAACGUCUAAUCGAUGUUAUUUCAUCAUUUCGACGGACGAAAGCUAUGUAAACUACUAUUAAAUGUAAUUGUUCAAUAUGA